AUGUCGUCUAUUCCAGCAAUGGAUAUUCAUCUCGUUUCGUUACUUUGUUUAGAACGCAAAAUUCUUUUUCACAAAACCUUUGGAAGGUCGACGUCACCACCAAUGACUGGAAAAACAUCCCUUGGACAACUAUUUGAGGAUAAAUUGCUCAAAUUAGAUGAAGUGCAGAAUGGUUCGGCUUGUGUUUUUCGCAUUUCAUUGGCAUGGAUGCAAAGAUAUGCAAAGCUAAUGGGGAUGAGUUGGGAUUAUUUUCUUGAUCAAUUUGGUCAUAAAAAAGUAUAUUUGAUUAUCGAUGAAGUGCAAAAAAUAUAUAGACAUGGGAAUAAUGAACCUCAUCAUGGUGGAGGUGCAUUUUGGAAUGCAUUUAAACUUAUAACGCAAUGCUUACCGCAGCUUUUCAUUGUAGAAUUAGCAUCAUACGGACAUUUUGAUUUUGGUGCUUAUUCUUUUAGUGGAAAUCGUAUAGACAUGGACAACAAAUGGGGAUAUGAAGAAAUUUGUUUCACAAAAGAAGAAUUUCAUGAUUAUUUUUACAAUUUUUGUAAAGUACAUAUUAAUGACAAGUUAAUAAAAGAUGAAAUUCCAUGUCCUUUUAAUUAUGUGUCUGACAUAACAGCUUACCAUCCUGGUUUAGUUGCUUAA